AUGCUGCUCUUCUUGUCGCUCGUUUUGUUAUCUUUGCACCAGGCCCUCGCAGCCUACAUACCCACUGCUGAGUUGGUACAGAUCAACGAUGGUCUCGCACGCAGGCAGGCGUCCUCGACGUCAAGUACUUCACCAAGCCCCACUCAAAAGGCCGAUUCGCAAUGCACACACGGGCCAUUUACGCGGGCGUGCUGGGGCAAUGGCUACAGUAUCGCGACCAACUACGACGCCGUAUGGCCAAACACUGGCAAGGUAGUCGAGUACUUUCUCGACAUCCAGAACGCGUCCAUGUCCCUUGAUGGAUUCUCGAGACAGCUCUACGUGAUCAAUGGCCAGUUCCCAGGACCUACCAUAACUGCCAACUGGGGAGACACGCUGAGGAUUCAUGUCAAGAACAGCCUUACCACGAACGGGACCGGCAUACAUUGGCACGGUCUGCGUCAGUGGAAGACGAACCACAUGGACGGCACCGGCGGCGUGACUGAAUGCCCUAUCGCGCCGGGCCAGUCACGCACAUACGAGUUCCUGUGCACGCAAUUUGGCACGACAUGGUACCACAGCCAUUUCUCCAGCCAAUACACGGACGGCGUCGUGGGCACGAUGAUCAUUAAUGGUCCUGCCACGUCCAACUACGACCUUGAUCUCGGCGCUUUUCCAAUCACCGACUACUACCACCGGCCAGCAUUCGAGCUUGGGCCUCUAAUCCAGAACGGCGGGUUUCCACGUGGACCGCCCGCGGGGGAUAACAUCCUGAUCAACGGGACGAAUGUGAAUCUCAACGGCACACAGGGUCGAUACAGCCGCACCACCAUUACCAAGGGCAAGAAAUACCGCCUGCGACUGAUCAACACCUCGACCAACGACAAUUUCAAAGUCAGCCUUGACGGCCACAACUUCACCGUCAUCACCGCCGACUUUGUCCCCGUUAAACCUUUCACAACACAGUGGCUGUUCCUCGGCAUCGGCGAGCGUCACGACGUCAUCGUCGAAGCCAACCAGCCCAUCGACAACUACUGGUUCCAUGUCGUCCCCAUCACGGGCUGCAGCAGCAACCUGAACAAAAAUGCCCUGGCCAUCUUUUCUUACACUGGGGCCAACUCCACGGGGUUGCCCUCCAACGCGACUCGCUCCAAUGCACCCAGCGGCGCGGCCGCCUCGGACUGCAACGACCCCAACGACAAACUCAUCCCGUACGUCAAACUCGACGUGCCCAGCAACUACACCAUCCCUGCAUCCUCGCGCCUCGACGUCGGGUUUGCCAUUGUCCAAAACACAGCGCAGCAGACGCUCUUCCAGUGGAACCUGAACUUCACCGCCAUGAGCGUCGAGUGGGACCGGCCCACGUUGGAAUACGUGUUCAACAAGAACACGACCUACCCGCCGGCGAUGAACCUGAUCACCCUACCCGGCAAGAACACCUGGUCGUACUGGGUGAUCCAGGCCGUGCCCACCAUCGCGCCUCCGAUUCCGCACCCGAUCCACCUGCACGGCCACGACUUCUACGUCCUGGGCGCCGGCACGGGCAUCUACAACAACAGCCAGACGCUCAACUACAAGAACCCGCCGCGCCGCGACGUCGCCAUGCUGCCGGCCUCUGGGUACCUCGUCAUCGCGUUCAUCACGGACAACCCCGGCGCCUGGCUUAUGCACUGCCAUAUCGCGUGGCAUGUGGGGCUCGGUCUCGCCGCCCAGUUCCUCGAGCAGGCGGAUCAGAUCCCGAGCUUGGGCAUCGGGCAGGAGUUCCAGCAGGGGUGUAGCGCGUGGGAUACGUACAGCCAGAACGCCAUCUUUCAUCAGGAGGAUUCGGGGCUGCGAAGACGUGAGAUUGCCGGGUAUUGA